AUGGUGCGCCAAAGAGCGCCGCCAAUCUUGAGACUACUCGUCGUUCUGGUCGGACUGGCGAAGAGCCAUGAGGCCGAGGACGGACGAGAAAGCAGCCAGUGGUAUAGCAAGAUACCUGAGAUCGUGGUCUUGGACCCAUCUAUGAGCUCGAAAGAGCUCAAGGCAAAGCUGUCCAAGGUGAAAGACGCGACGUCCCAUUUUGGACCUGCAAGACGCGCGGUCUUGCUCAAACCCGGGGUCUAUCCUCAUGACAUGUGGAUCGAAAUAGGCUACUACACCAGUGUCGCUGGGGUCGGCAGAGGUCCUGAAUCUGUUGUAGUCCCGGAUGCGUGGGUCAGUAAUGACAUCACAGAUCAAGCAACGAACAACUUCUGGCGCUCGCUGGAAGGAGUCACCGUGACAGCGGGACGCACCAUGUGGGCAGUCUCACAGGCAGCACCGCUUCGAAGAGCAAUCGUCAAGUACGAGCUCUGGCUCUCUCACAAGGCGGGAUACUCCAGCGGUGGUUUCAUGAGCGACGUGGAGGUGAACGGGAAGCUGGUGAUGGGCACCCAGCAGCAAUGGUAUGCGCGGCAGGUGUCCCUGCCGCCGGAAGGAAUUUGCUGCACCGGCGGCUGGAACUACAUUUUCCAGGGUGCUGUCGGACUUGACAAGAAGGACAUGCACGCUUGCGAUGGAGGCAUGACCGACAAGAUCUCGCAGGUGUCGGGCAUACCAAGAUCUGCCGAGAAGCCAUACAUUGUCUUCGAGGAGACAUCCGAUUGGAAGAUCUACGUGCCGAAGAUGCUGAAAAAUCCAGCUCCCGGUGCGAUUGGCAAGGACCGCGAAUCACACAUUGAUCGUGCGCUCUACAUCGAUUCCGAUGUGUUCAUUGCCACUCCGGACAUGUCGGCUUCGGAGAUCAAUCGAGGCAUGGCGACGAAGGAGGGCAUGCUGCUGACACCCGGUAUCUACCGUCUGGACGAGCCUCUGGUGAUCACUUCCAGUGGUUUCGUGCUACUCGGGAUAGGCUUCCCCACCUUGGUGUCACCAGCUGGACGAUCGUGUCUGCAGGUGACCGACUUUCUGACCGAUGUGAGGAUCGCGGGCAUCAUGAUGGAUGCGGCCACUCCUGUCCUCGGCUUCUAUGCGGAGCCGCUGCUGCAAUGGGGAAGCCGCAGCGAGACCGAUGCAAGAUCGGCGGAAGCAAGUACCGGAGUCGCAUCUGACGUUUUUGCGCGUGUUGGAGCCUUCAAAUACCUGGGCUGUGAUCCCGUCAGAGCCAACACGCUUAUGGAAUUCAACUCAGACAAUUUGAUCAUCGACAAUGUGUGGGCCUGGCAUGCUGAUCAUGACGACUGCUCCAAUUUCACGAUGACGCCGAACAACAACGAAAAAGAGCCCAUGUUCCAGCACAAGUUCAAGUCAGACAAGUGCUGGAGCCAACAUGGCGUUGUCGUGAAUGGGCGCAACAUUAUCGCCUUUGGCGUUGCCGUGGAGCACAUUGUCGAUGGACAUCUUCUAGUCUGGAAUGGCGAGGAUGGACAGCUUUAUUUCUUCCAGGCGGAGCUACCAUACCAUUCGCGGCUGAAUCUCGAGAGCAGAUAUGCUGCGUAUGUCGUACCUCCGCAAGUCUUCAACCACUUCGGAGUGGGCAUCGGCGUUUACAUCAUUGAUGGACAUCCGGCCUAUGCCGCACUGGAGAUAUCGGCCUUCACCGACAUCAGAAAGGUGUUGACCGUUGUCAUCAGCAAACAGAACCAGCUCUUUCAACACCAGGUCUGCCAAGUCAUGCUCGAUGGCUCAAAGAUAUGUCAUCAGCCAACACAUUGCCAGUGGGCACGGUGCUACUUGGCAACUCUUCCCCACGGCGACGUCGAAUUUUACACGAGUGGCCGCAUCCGUCCUAUGGCGUUGCCAGAUGUUCAUCUCCUGCCGCAGCCGGAAAUCAAGCAGCGUCUCAUCCUGGAUGCGGAGAAGAGAAAGGAAGUUUCUGUGAACUUCGAUGACACAGAGGCUGAAACUAAGUUCGCGAUCAAAGACGACCAGGACCGCCAUCCCAGGCCAAACCAAAGGUUUGCUUCGCUUGCGAUGGCGGUGAGUCUGCCGCUGGGUGCAGCAGCAUUGCUGCUUCUCGCGGUCAGGGCGACGUUCAUUUUCCUGCGAGGUCGACCCGAUGGCUGUAACGAUGAGGAGGAGGUUUGGUCGAGCACGGGCACCAACCAGGCAUCCGACUCGUCUCGCAUGAGGUGGAGGAUUGCAACUUGUGGGUGCGGCCAGGUGGAGCGCCAGCUGCGCAUGGCCAGCACGAAUGGUGAGGGCAAGAGCUGGAAGCAGGAGGAGAUCGAAACGAGCCGAAAGAUCCUUGAGAAUCCGAUGCCUGCUCCAACCUCGACAAAGAACCGGCAGGAAACCUUUCCUCGACAGAUCCGUGGACGGCCCAUGUUCUUAGGCGAGGCGAAGGAGAUCCUCAAGGCCUUCAAGGAGUCACUUCUGACGCCUGCCGUCAUGAGGACCAUGCAAAACAUCGAGCAGCGCGGCGGGAUGCACAUGGAGCAGCAUCGGAGGGUGUUGAUCACGCAGGAGUGGAACCCCAUCAUGAAAAGGUUCGACUUUCCCACCACCGAGGAUGGGUACAAUGCCAUGAAGUCUGGCAUCAGGGAGUUUGCGGACAACGACUACGUGCGUUCUUGUUGCCACGAGGUCGAGCGUCUCUGCGGCGCUCCAGCCGGAGCCUACUUCGGCGUCCCCACAGCCGAGGAGUGGGCGGCGCGGAAGGCUGCCGAGGCGGAAGCUGCGCGAGCCGAGGAGGAAGCCAAGAGAAAGGCCGAAGAAUCCCGGAAGGCCGCGGCGGCCGAGGAGAGGAGGAAAGCCGAGGAAGCGAGGCAGGCCGAAGCGGCGAAGAAGGCCGAGGAGGACCGACAGAGAGCAGAGGCGGAAGCGCGCAGAAUCGCGGAGGAAGAAGCGAAGCGGAAAGCAGAAGCUGAAGCUCAGAAACGUGUGGAGGAAGAAGCGAAGCGGAAAGCAGAAGCUGAAGCUCAGAAGCAUGCGGAGGAAGAAGCCAGACGUCUGGAGGCUGAAUCCAGGAGAAAAGCAGAAGAAGAAUCGCAGAAAGCAGAGGCCGAACAGAGGGAAGCGGCGCAGCUGAGCCAGACAGAGGUUCCCAAGAGUGCCGAGGACAGUCAAGCUCAAGUUCAAGCAGAGCUGGAUGGUGAGGAUCUAAGGACUGAGACGUGCGAAAAAGCAGGUCAAGGCCAAGCUGAUGAGCUGGAGAGGCUCGCAGAGGAGGCGCGGCAGAGAGCUGCCAAACUGAGACGAGCAGAUGAAGCACCGCCUGAUUCACCACGCAAUGAGCCAGAAUCAGGCAGGGACACUGCUGGCGAUGCCGCAGCCAGGGUGGAAGAAGGUGAAGCAGUCCAGUCGCAGAAGGAAGAGGAGAGCCAUGUCCGGGAUGCAGCAAAGCCUGUAAGUCCUGACUCGGCAAAGGACUCGCAAGUGAAAGAGUCGAAUCCCAAAGAGGAGAGCAAUAGCAAUUUCUUCCACGAAGAGCCGCAUUGCUUUGAUGUUGCUCACCAGGUGCCAUUGUGGGAACUGCCUUCAAAAGAGUCCAGACUUGUCGGGGCUGCCAGCAAAGGCGCACAACUGCUGGGGGCAGUACAGGAAAGUACAGGCGGACAGCAAUGGCUCCAUGUUUCGUCACGAAGCUGCCAUGCCAUGGGUGCUCUUGCAGAUUCGGCUUGGGCACUGAUUCACGAGCUCAACCUCGUCCCGGCUGUAGAACGCCAGCCGCAGGCUUUGGGCUAUGCAGGGCGAUAUGAAGUGGCACAUGGAAAAGUGGCAGUCAGGGCUUCGCCUUCUUUGAAGGGCAAGAUUAUUGGAGUGGUGCAUGAAGGCCGAAUACUCAUGGGAACACCCCAUAAAGUUGGUGGCUACGCAUGGCUCCGUUUUGAGGAGAGCUCCAGGAAGAAACUCGCAGACAUCGGCGAGGAGGCUUGGGCGCUGAUUGAUGGGGAACCCCUAGGGCUCCAGGAUCUUCUGAGACCAUUGGACAAUGACGGCCGCAAGACGCUGGAGUCCUUCCAUGCGAAGCAGCAACCUGAAGAAGCUUCCGUAGCCGAUCUCGCCGGCCCCACAGAGGAGAAGACAGGCGGCCCGAGUGAAGGCCAUGAAGCGAAAGACUCCAAAAAGGACUCGAAGAAGGAACCGGACGCCAAGCAUGAUGCUAAGGAGGUCACAGCAACGGCGAUAUCCGACCCAGCAAAGGUGGAUUCACGCAUGAAGGCAGCUCAACAAGCUCGGAACGUACUUUCUGGACCCAUCGAGUACAAAGUGCUUGCCCAAGACCAUGCCGCUCCGGUGAGACGAGAGCCACUGGUGCAGUCGCCCGAAGUCGGCAAGCUUGAGAGAGGUCGUUUGGUUCUCGGUUAUCCCGGCGGAGGCUGGUUGCAGCUCGCUGCAGUCGACGACGUUGAGAAGAAGAUGCAUGGCUGUUGGGUCUUCAUCGGCACCCGUUUGUUUGCACAGUGGGCGGAGUUGAACAUCACCGGGGAGUUCGAGGGAGCCCUCGAGCUUUCCUGGCUUGGCCUCCGAAAGGAGAAGCGUGUGGCCUACAACGUGGAGUGGCGCACUCCUGAGGGCGCUACGAAUCCCAAGAAGGGCCACAAGAUCUCGGCGGCGAAUAAGGUGUUGGUGAGCGGCCUUCCACAAGGGUAUGCUGCCUAA